AUGUCAACUAGAAAAGUACGAACAAAAAUUCGUUGUAAGGCGGCAGAAGAAGCGGACUGCCCAGUUGCAGCAUCGGUUGCGAGUGGUCAAACUAAAGUAAUCGAAUAUUUCCGGACCAUUCAUCGUGAUCCAGCCAAAAAAUUGAAACGUCUUAAGGUGUUUGCCGAAAAUGAUGAGGUAGAAACUGCUAAACGUACUCUGGAAUCGUCCAGCAAAGUGGCUUGUUUAAAAUCAUUGCAAACAUCUGAGAAGGAAGCUGAAAACAGCAGCCAAGAAUGGGUUUUGCCAAUAACAUAUGAGGCAGACGCUGCUCUGAAGACUGAUAAGAUGAAGGAGAGUAAUAAUGAUGGUAGUAAAUCCAGUUUGGAAGUUGAAGGGAACAGCAAUUUAUUUACGUGUCCAACAAAGAAAAAGGCUGAAAUUAAGUCUAAAAAAAAGCGGGAAAGUGUCUACGAUAAAAUUAAGGAUGAUACGGUGAAAAUUGCUUUUAUGGUGGCUCCUGAAACUGAAACCAGCGAAGGGAACAAUACUGGUUUGAGCAUUUUGCCAAGCGCAGUAAAAUUGGUUGAAAGCGUCAAAAACAGCACAGAAUCGACUUUACAUGAUACACUUCCACUUCCGACAAAGUAUGAACACCUACUGCGCUUGUUUGACUAUACAGAAGUGGUUGUUUCUUGGCUAGAGACGCAAGGAAAACGAAUUACGCUAAGUGAAGUGAUGACUAAUGUUCAACGUAAAUUAAAAAGCAACUACAAUGAACAGCAAUUCUCAAUGAUAUUAUCGAUAUACCCUGAAUCGUAUAACAUUCGAUGUGAGCGGCGUUGGAUGCCAAUUGGUGGCAGGCAUUGCAAUCUCAAAGAAUAUGAAUAUGUGAUUGAACCGAAUCUUGUCAACGACCUUGUUUUUCCGCACCAAGAAAAUGUAGAAGGAACUGCAUCGUCGAGAUCUUUACCAGCCAAUCCAACGUUGGAUUCGCCUUGCAAAGUUUCACUAAUUUCACGUACCCGGAAUCUAAUGACUUCACCACCAUUUAUAAAAGCUACGUCGAUAUCACCAAUCAAACCAUCGUGUGGACCAAAUAUGGUUACUAGAUGCCCACCAAAACUAGAAGCUCGUCGUUUGUAUCGGAAACUGGAAUUCAGAAAUCGUUUACGCAAGCUGGUAAAUAUACAGCAUGCUGCUUUUUUGAAGAAUGAAGGAAUUGAAAUUUCUCCCGAUGAGCAACUUCCAAGAUACCACCCUGAUUUUGACCUUGACGCUGUCGAUGACAUCAAACCUGCAAAGUUACCUGAAAUGCCGAAAGGCGAUGCAGGUCAACCCGAAACGAUGAGGGAAUAUUUGAAAGCAGUACCUGAUAGUAGUGGUACGCUUCCUGAGAAAAUUAAGAUGGUGAUCAAGGAACUCAGAAGUCCGGAAAAAAAAGUCGCUGUUGUUGCUGAUAAAUACGUACCAUUAUCGCCGAAGAAAUAUUAUGUGGAAGCGAAAAAUACUUCAAAACCAAGUCUUCUAGAAAGAAUUCGAGCCAAAGAAAGAGAGCGAAAACGUCGGGAAAUGAUGCGAAAUCCUGAAAUGGAACAGAGAAAAGGAAGAUUGGAAAGGGUUUCCCAUUCGUUGCUGCAGUGCAUUUGCAGCUACUACAAUUUAAAAAAGAUUGGAUCAAUGAAAUUCGUGGAAUUAAUCGAUAAAUUAGCUUUCAGUAUUGGAAGUAUUUCGAAAGUUGAAAUUGAAGCAUCUGUUAAUUUGCUUUGUGAAGUUUGUCCGACAUAUUUCAAAAUGGUCGAAGUACGGGGUGAAAAAUACGUUCACUUGAAGGACAACAAUUUUUCUGCCAUCCGAGAUAUUGUAAAUGCAGAAGUCAAAAAAUGUAUCUAG